AUGGAGGACGACGAAGACAUAGCAUGGAUAAGAGAGGAAUCUUCAAGCCAAACGCCUUCUCAUCUGAGUAAAGAAUCGGAGAGACCUUCUCAAUCUCCUUCUGAUGUUGAUUCCAUCCCAUCCGUCCUUAAAAAUGCUUCUGGAAAUGAUGAACAGAACACUAUCAAAAUGCCAAGCAUAACUAUCAUUCCGCCACAACAACCAACAAUAGAACAUGGAACGAAUAACAUAACUCCCGUUAAUGAGGUUCAAUCGCCAACGUUUGAUAUAAAUGAGUAUGAGCGCAAGCUUAAUGAAACGACGAUAGACGCUCUGAAGCUCCUAGAUGAAAUUGGUACUAAAUCUUCAAAACUAGUAGAACAGAAUAAAGAAAUGGCUCAAGCUUUGAAUGAGCAAAAAGUUGAAAUGAAAAGCGAACAAUCGUUACCACCCCAUAAAACAAUUGAGGACCACGUUCAAGUUCCGAGUGUUUCCCAACUACCGUCUGGAGGGUUGCCGAAAAACGUAGAGUCUGUUUUGAUAACAGGACUAGAAGCAGUUACGGGAUGUGUUGUCUUACCCAGUGGUUUAGUUCUGAUUACUGACGUAGUGCAAGGUAUACAGCUAUUCAAUGCUGAAGGAACUGUUAUUAAGAAGGUCUCGAACUCGGAAUGGCACAACCCGCGAAGUCCUCUUUCAUACAAAGACCAUGUUUUGUUAUUAGCAGAUGUUCGGAUAGAUGGCGAGUAUCUUCGUUACAUACUGAAGUUUACGUCAGAUUUGGAAUAUGUUGCGAAAAUUGAAGGCCCGCAAUGGUUAGUAGGAAGGACAGUACUUUCUGAUCGACUUUCAAUAGCACAUACCGAUCAUAUUUACUUAUCAGCUUGUGGACAAAUUUCCUCCGCUAUCUAUGAGUUGAGCCCUGUCGGACAAUGGACAGAGUUAGAUUUUCGUCAAUCAGAAUCGUAUGUGGACAUGCUUGCGUUUGCUACAAUUGGUACAAUAACACAACUACUUGUUGUAGAAGGUAGAAAGAACUACGUACUUCAACUAUCAGUAAGAGAAUCACAAAUCGUGGACAGGCGCAGAAUUGCUAUUUGCCAGAGACCAGGAGCCUUAGCUAGAGAUGAUGCAGGUCGUCUAUUUGUAGCUGACAAAGCGACAGCUUGUAUUCACCUCGUGGAUACAGUCAGAUGGGUUUCGGAGAAGAAUUUAGCUUGCACUGAGUCUGUCGUACCAUGCUUCAGUGCCAAAUGGGGUUUACUAGCAAUCCCUAUAAAGACCGCAGUAAGACUUCAGAAAUAUUCUUUUCGUUAA